AUGAAACGUAAUUUUACAUCACCUGAAAAUCAAGAUAAUAAACAAUCAAAAAUGUCCUCGUCACCGCAAUUUGAUACGACCUCAAUUACAACUGAUGCAUCGGAUGUAAUUGGUUUACAAUUACAGCAGUCUUUAUUAUCUUCUAAUCUUAUUAAUGAAAUGACAAAAAUGAUAAUAACAUCAAAAUCAUUUACUGACGCAAUUGCAGGUAUUAUAGAUAAUCAAUUGAAACAAUACGUGAAUCAUAUUAAACAAUUAGAAGCUGAAUUAAAACAAGUAAAUGAUCGUGCAAUUAAAUUCCAAUCGAAACUAAACGACUUGGAUCAAUACUCAAAGCGGCGCGAUUUAAUAAUACAUGGUAUUCCAUUAACACAGGGAGAAGAUACAUCACAAGUAGUAUUAGAUUUGGCCAAAUCAAUUGGUGUUAAUUUGGAUAUUAAAGAUUUGUAUGCAACUCAUCGUUUACGAUCACGUAAUAAACAACACUCACCCAUUAUUGCGGCCUUUGUACGUUAUUCAGAUAGGCAGCAAUUGUAUUCAAAACGUAGAGAUCUUGGCAAAGGUACUAAUAAACAAGUUUUUAUAAAUGAGCAUUUAUCCUCGUUAAAUCAUCAGUUGUUUACUUAUGCUCGUCGUCAUUUGGAUAAAAAGAAAGUUUUCACACGGAAUGGGAGUGUAAUGCUGUAUCAGGGUCAAGACUUUAAUGCGCAUUACCAAGGUUGGAGUAGGAAUGAUGUUGUAUCUACAGCAGAGGGUAUGAUGUUAAAUACAUUUUUGCAAUCACACAAUCUCUCUCAACUGGUUGUAGGUGUAACACGACCGAGUUCAGACAAAAGUGAUCAUAGCUUCAUCCAGUUUGAUGUUAAAACACAAAUAUUACGUAAAACUAAAAUGACGCGGACUAUUUAUGAUUAUAAAACCGCAAACUGGGAGCUGUUGAACAAUAUCUGUAGUAAGAUCCCAUUUGAUACUCUCUUACGAAAUUAUACUAAUAUUGAUGAAAAAGCAGUAGCAGUUGAAGAGAUUCUUCUUGAACAGGUCAAUCGAGUAAUACCGCAUAAAGUCAUUACUCUAAAGCCAAGGGAUAAAAUUUGGUUCUCGGAUGACCUUCGUGUCUUACAUAAAGAUAAAGUGAGAAUGUAUCGUAAAAUGAUUAGUAAACCUACAUUAGUAAACAAAAAUAACUACGAACAAGCUGUUGUCAAAUUUCGUAAAGCAUGUGUCCAGGCUAAAGUGGAGUUCUAUAAAAAAAUAAAUCAUAAAGUGUCCGUUUCGUCCAAAAAUUGGUGGUCGCUUGUUAAACAUACAAUGGGUCGUGAUCGUACGACAGCAAUUCCAGCAUUAAAAGAUAAAAAUGGAGAUGUCAGAGUAGAUGUUCAGAGCAAAGUUGAAAUUCUAAAUGCACAUUUUGCUAAUAUUUGUACAUGGAGUGGUUAUUCUAAUUUCUCUUCUGUUGCUGAUAAGUUACCACCAGCUUCGUCUCGUUUAAGCGUAUUUACUGCUACGUACAGAGAUGUCAGAAAAAUUUUGCAGAGAUUGAAUUCUAACAAAUCAACAGCUCCAACAAUAACCAAUAGAAUGCUAAGAUAUCUUGAACCCUCUAUAACACAGUGCUUAACACAUCUCAUUCGCGCAUCAUUUAGCACGACAUCUUUUCCAGAUCACUGGAAAGGUGGCUAUGUGAAUGCUUUGUUCAAGUCAGGAGAUUCGCUUGAUCCUACCAACUAUCGACCAAUAACGCUUUUGCCAGCAAUCUCGAAAGUAUGUGAGAGAAUUGUACACCAACAAUUAUAUGACUACCUGAUGAAAAACAAACUGUUGUCUGUUUUUCAAUCAGGUUUUAUUAAGAAAAACUCAACAACUAAUCUUUUACUUGACGUAAUCCAUAAAAUAAAUGUAGGUAUGGAAAAAAGUAAGAUUGUUCGCGCAAGUCUCUUAGAUUUUCAAAAGGCGUUUGAUAAUGUAAAUCAUAAGGCACUGUUGCUGAAAUUAGAAAAAAAAGGUAUUCGAGGGAAAGCUCUCGAGUGGCUUGAGAAUUAUUUAUCUGGGAGAUCUAUAAGAACAAUUUUGGACGGUGUAA